UUGGAACUUGAAUGUAAUCAGCUUGAAGGCUAGGAGAACGUGGUUGGAAAUGAAGAGGAAAUCGCAAUUUCAACUUGUUGAACUUGAGGACUUAUAUAAAGAAAAAAUAUAUCCUACGCAGGAGGAGAUGGAUGGCUAUGCUGUGUCUUUAGGACUAACUCUGAAGCAGGUUCAGCAAUGGUUUAUCUAUAAGAGGAAAAGGGAGAAAAGAACUAUUUUACCUAUUCGUUCGAUGAAAAAAUCCUCUGCUUCUACAAAAACGAAUGCCACAGGCAUGUUUUCUGCUAGUGAGAAUCAUAAAAGCACUUCUUCAGUUGGGGCAAAUGGCUUCAGCAAGAAAAAGAAGAAAAUGCUUCUUCCUCAGGAUUUGUUGCCUGCUCAGUACAUUCUAAAGAAGGUAUUUCGCAAGGAUGGUCCUCCGCUUGGUGUGGAAUUCGACUCUCUUCCUUCCCAGGCCUUUUUCCACUACGAAGGUUCUAAAGAGUCUCAUCCUGCUGAUCAAGAGUGCAGAAGAAGAGCAGCCAAAAAGGGAAAGGUUUUUGAGUUUACUUCCUUGGACCAUCAGAACAACAGUAAUGAGAAAGCUCCAGUGAAGAAACAUGGCAUUGGAAAAGGCUUGAUGACAGCUUGGAGGGUUGUGAACCCCAAGGGUGGAAAAAUUACUACUGGAGUUGAUUUUUCUAAUAGAGAAAUUGGUGCUCCUUUUCAAACUAGUCCUGCAGUACAAAGACAACCACCCCGGAACAAAAGACGGCAGCCUUUAGUAUCUCAAAUGAAACAGAGAAGCUUGGAAAAGAAGUUACAGGAAAAGAAGAGGGCCUUCAUUAAGAGGAGAGAGGUGCAAUCUAACAAAAAUGACAAUCAGAGGCAACCAUGCAAAGAAAAAUGUGAACUUGCUUUAGAUGGUACUAUAUCUAAUGAACAUCUUGAUCGUCUCACAAUGCUAGUUGAUGAUGAAGAAUUGGAGUUGAGGGAGUUACAAGCUGGACCAAAUCCAUUAACAUGUGUGGAUCAUCUUAGCGCAAGUGGAUUGCUUGGUUGCUCCCUUUGCAAAGAUUUGCUUGCUAAGUUUCCGCCAAAUUCAAUUAAGAUGAAGCAACCAUUCAGUAUGCAACCCUGGGAUUCAUCUCCCGAAACUGUCAAAAAACUGUUUAAGGUUUUCCAUUUCUUGUAUACCUAUUCAGUAACACUUGACAUAUGCUCAUUUACACUAGAUGAGUUUGCUCAAGCAUUUCAUGAUAAGGAUUCAUUGUUACUUGGGAAAAUUCACGUUGCCCUUCUCAAGCUUCUUUUAUCUGAUGUCCAAUUGGAGUUGAGUGGUGCAUUUUUGUCUCAUUUUAGUCUGUCUUGCAAAUUUCUUGCUCUUCUUCAAUCGGUAGAGAACCAAGAGCUUGUGAUCGAGUUCUGGAAGACAUCCUUGAACCCUCUGACAUGGACAGAAAUACUACGCCAAAUUUUAGUUGCAGCUGGCUUUGGUUCAAAACAAGGUCCAUUUCGCAGGGAAGCUCUUAGCAAGGAAAUGAACCUCAUGGUGAGGUUUGGCCUACAACCUGGUAGUUUAAAGGAUGAACUGUUCAAAAUUUUGUCAGAAAGAGGAAAUAAUGGGCUAAAAGUAUCAGACUUGGCAUUGUCUUUGCCGGUUACUGAAUUGAAUCUGACAAGCUCAACUGAGGAACUUGAAGAAGUAAUAUGUUCAACUCUUUCAAGUGACAUUACUUUAUUUGAAAAGAUAUCAUCAUCUGCCUAUCGUCUGCGAUGUAGUUCUGUUGCAAAGGACAGCAACGAUUGUCAUUCUGAUACUGAGGAUUCUGGAAGUGUUGAUGACUCUGAUGACAGCAGUGAUGAUUCUGAGUGUGACUCAGGAAAUUACUAUCAAAGGAAAACAAAGCAUGAUAAUCAUCGUAAAAGUAAAAAUAACAUGCUGACAGUCUACACUGAAAUUGAUGAAAGCCAUCCAGGAGACGUGUGGUUGCUAGGACUUAUGGAAGGUGAAUAUUCUGACUUGAGCAUUGAAGAGAAGCUCAAUGCAUUAGUGGCUUUGAUUGAUCUUCUUAGCGCUGGUUCCAGUAUCCGAAUGGAGAAUCCUGGUAAAGCCAUUGUUGAGUUUAUUCCCAGCAUCCCUCACUAUGGUUCUGGAGCAAAAAUCAAGAGAUCAUCAUCAACCCAACAGAAUUUUCCUAGGCCAUCUUGGGCCUAUGGUGGACAAAGGAAAGGUGGACAAGAACCAUACACAUCAUCAGACUCUCACCCAGUUGACUCAUCAUCAAUUACAAAGUUUUUUGAAAAUGAGAAACAUUCUACCAGUGGAAAGGAUGCAAAACAAACUGAAGUAGGAGUUUAUAUACACCCAAUGCAAUCUAUAUUUUUGGGCUCUGAUCGUAGGUACAAUAGAUACUGGCUUUUCUUGGGCCCUUGUAAUGGAUAUGACCCUGGACAUAGGAGGAUUUACUUUGAAUCUUCUGAAGAUGGUCAUUGGGAAAUCGUAGACACUGAAGAGGCAUUGCGGGCCCUGUUGGUCGUUUUGGAUGACAGGGGUAAACGUGAAGCUCAUCUUAUUGAAUCCUUAGAGAAGCGGGAAACUUCACUAUGCCAAGAAAUGUCAAGCAGACACUUACCUGAUGCAGAAAUCAGGCAUAUGCAAUCUGAUUCACCCGAGAUGAAUGUAGGAAGAGAAGACAGUUGUUCUCCUGUUUCUGAUGUUGACAACCUAAUCUUGACAGUGGCCGUGAAUGAAUCUUUAACCUCAUGCGGUGCUAUAGUUCUUCAUGCUGAGAAGAAGCGAGAAGAACUAAAGAAAAUGUGGAGGCGUCUUCAAGAAUUUGAUGUGUGGAUAUGGGAUUACUUUUACUUGAACCUUAAUGCUGUAAAACACAAGAAGCGUUCUUAUCUUGACUCGCUUACCAGGUGUGAGUGUUGUCAUGAUUUGUACUGGAGAGACGAGAAGCAUUGUAGAAUUUGCCAUACCACAUUUGAGAUUGAUUUUGAUCUAGAAGAGAAGUAUGCCAUUCAUGUGGCUACGUGCAGAGAGAAAGGAGACAAUAGUAUUUUUCCAAAUUUCAAAGUCCUACCCUCACAGUUGCAGUCGCUGAAAGCUGCAGUCCAUGCAAUUGAGUCAUUUAUGCCUAAAGAUGCUUUAGUGGGUGCUUGGACAAAGUCUGCUCACAGAUUGUGGGUCAAACGGUUACGACGGGCAUCAUCUUUGUCUGAGCUUUUGCAGGUAGUUGCUGAUUUUGUCACAGCAAUUAAUGAGAAUUGGUUGAGUCAAUGCCACCAUAUUGAACAAGGGGGUUGUACUGUUAUUGAAGAAAUCAUAGCAUUCUUUCCAACAAUGCCCCAAACAUCAUCUGCACUUGCACUCUGGUUGGUAAAGUUGGAUGAGUUCAUUGCAUCAUAUUUGAAGAAGGUUCAUUCUGAAAAGGAACCGGGAAAUGGGACCAGUUCAGAUAGAAGAGCACCAAAAUAAUAAAGCUAGCCAUUUUCAGAGCUUAUACAACAUGGGGAGAACAUUUGGUUGUACAAGGCAUUUGACAUCUUCUCUUCAAAUUACUGAACCCACCACGGUUAUUAAUCAUUGGGAGCUUCCUUUGAUAUCGAAGGAUGAAAGAAGAAAAACGUACGACUGUACAGAGCAGAAUUUUGACCAAAAUUUCAUUUUUGAGUAUUCCUUUGCUUAGGUAAUCUGAGCCAAUUUAGAUUUACAGAGUUAGGUUCAUACAUAUGCAGGGAAAUCAAGUUUUUUUUUUUAUAUAUAUAUAU